AUGAUGAAUCAAAAACUUCUUUUCAUUGGAAGACUGCGUGCGUUAAAGCUCCGCACAGCUCUCAAGGAGCGCAACAGAGUUCAAACAGUCUCGUUACCCGCAAACCAGACGGACACUGCAUGGUACUACAUGUAUGCCUCGCCCAUUGUGCUCCACUUCUACACUGCGGCUGUUGAGCUCAAGACGCUGCAGGAACUCUUUGGCGUUGCAUCCACAACAUUGUCACAGCUACUGCGAAAGGGCGAAGAUGCUCUGUUAAGGGCGCUCAAGUGCUUACCAGCUGCGAGGAUUUUGUGGCCGUCCAAGACCAAUCAGCAAUAUUGGGCGUUGAAGUCACAAGAGCGUGAGCCCCUCGUUUCCGGCGUGUUUGGAUUUGUCGACGGCAAAAACCUUCGUGUACAAGAGCCGUCUUGUGCGGAUUUGCAGAAUGCCCACUACAAUGGGUGGUUACACUCGGUGUUUGUCACUGGUGUUCUAUGCUUUGGACUCGAUGGCACGAUCAUCUGGGGUCGCCACAACUGCCCGGGCUCUUGGAAUGAUGGCGAAUUGAGCCGAAGGCUGCAGGAGAUGCUAGCCGACGACAGCCGUGUUGCACAUGGCAUGUAG